AUGUCGGAGCUGCGGUCCCGACGAUGCGACCAAACGUCGGAACGGAAGUUGUACGAAGAACUGAGUAAAGUAAGAAAGGAAAACGGAGAUACACUGGCUGUGUGGCUUCGUCUCAUCCGCUGGACGGAAGGACAUCCGAACGACGGCCCACCUGGCCACUUAAGGUUUAUUUUGGAGCAAUGCAUCGAGGACCUGAAGUGUCGUGAAGAAUACUUGCAAGACGAAAGAUUUUUCGAAGUUUUCCAUAAAUAUGCAUCUCUCAGUAAACAUUUGGGCCCAGUAAAAAUCUACGAAGGUCUCGAAGCUCACCGCAUGUUUACCGAUCUGUCUGUAUUUUACAUAACAUGGGCACUUGAAUUGGAAAGAUGUCGCGAAAUGCUCGAGGCGACGCGCAUUUUUCGUCUUGGCUACGAAGCAAAUGCGCAGCCAGCAGAGCAUCUUCGAAUAGCCUAUGCCGAGUUUUUGUCCAGGAACGGCAUCGAAGAAGAGGAACACACCUGCAAAUUCCUGAGUUUACUUCCUCCUCAACGCCCUGGACAUUGUGCACGGUUUUGUCGGUUGCCGAAAAUUUCUGAAAGCCAUAAUUAUCAAGGUGCGUCUGCCGUUAGCUCUGUCAAUAUUCAACAGACGGCAAAGCCGUUUCUAUGUGGAAACGUGGAGGACAUGGCUGCUCCUCUACAGUCGUCCAUUACUGCCUCCUCGUUUACCAGCGUCAACGUUAAAAAGGCGUUGGCUGCCUAUGAAGGUACGCUGCAGUUCAGUGCGUGGGCUGGCGACGACACUGGCGCUGCGUCAUGUAGCACUUCUCGAAUGGAGGCCGUGAGCGAGGCCUCUUCGGCUGCAGAAAUCGUUACUGAGGCUGUCAGUAAGAAAGGUGCUGCAGCCUCAGAAUCAAGGACACCCGCUACAUUUAAAGUAUUCGACGAGUUCAAUGACGAUAAAGAAAACGCUCUCGCUACAAAUUUUGCUCGAAGGUCUUCAACCAUUCUUUUGAAUAGCCGGGAAGGACCCAGAAAAUUUGCUGAACAUCAGGGAUUCGGUUUGCAAGCAAAGGUCCUUGAGAGACCCUUUAGGAAAAAUAACGCUACUCCGCUCUUGCCACGGGACUUGAGUGUGUCCCAGCUGACUAUUGGCGAAGCAACUUUUGCCAAAUCUUUGGUGACUGCGCAAAAGCGUCACCUCGUAUCGACGCCUAGCAGCCAGAACGUUACUCUUGCCAAAGUUGCGAACACUGUAAGCAACGGCGAGAACGCCCUCUCUUUCGAUUAUUCGAACAAAGCUGCCGCUGCAAAUCCUGCCAGCACUUCUGAACGAUUAACGUUGGCAUCGAGAAAGGCACCAAUGGGUGAUGAUGACCAAGGCAUGCCUUUUGCUCAGUCAUCUUGGCUUAUAUCUCUAAAAUGA